CGACAGAGAAUAAUUUCUACUCCAGAUAAGCCGACCAAGGUCUUUAUUGGAGACAACGUUUCACUGGUUUGGCAGUACUAUAAGCCUGCACAUCUAACUCUCUUUGAGGUCGUCUUUGGUUACUGGAAAAGUCCUGGUUACUUGCAUCCAAAGCUUAUAGCAGUCGAUUCAAAAGGAGUUAUAAGCGUAAGAGCAGGCUAUGAGACAGCGGUGAGUUGGGAUGGAAAUUUGACAUCUUCCCUGGCAGUUUUUGUUUUAUAUAAUGUCCAGCCGGCCGACGGAAAUGUGGAUUUUGGUAUUCAAGUUGAGUUUGGACUCGCGGACAAUCCAUUGAAAGAUGUAGUCCAGCUUCUAGUUGAGGCAAAACGUAGGUAG